AAGUGUCCGGACUGGAAGGGGGGGAAAGUGUCCGGACUGGAAGGAGGUGAAAGUGUCCGGACUGGAAGGGGGGUGAAAGUGUCCGGACUGGAAGGGGGGGUGAAAGUGUCCGGACUGGAAGGAGGUGAAAGUGUCCGGACUGGAAGGGGGGGGAAAGCGUCCGGACUGGAAGGGGGGGAAAGCGUCCGGACUGGAAGGGGGGGCAAGUGUCCGGACUGGAAGGGGGGGCAAGUGUCCGGACUGGAAGGGGGGGUGAAAGUGUCCGGACUGGAAGGGGGGGGUGAAAGUAUCCGGACUGGAAGGGGGGGUGAAAGUGUCCGGACUGGAAGGGGGUGAAAGUGUCCGGACUGGAAGGGGGGUGAAAGUGUCCGGACAGGAAGGGGGGGAGAGUGUCCUGGACUGGAAGGGGGUGAAAGUGUCCGGAUAGGAAGGGGGUAAAAGUGUCCGGACUGGAAGGAGGUGAAAGUGCCCGGACUGGAAGGGGGUGAAAGUGUCCGGACAGGAAGGGGUGAAAGUGUCCGGACAGGAAGGGGGUAAAAGUGUCCGGACAGGAAGGGGGUAAAAGUGUCCAGACUGGAAGGGGGUGAAAGUGUCCGGAC